AUGGCAGACCUCAAGACAUGUCCACCGUUGACGCGCUCAUCGGUGCAAACCGCACACAAAUGUAUAAAGCAGUACAUCCACGAGACACCAGUCGCGACCUGCUCAACGCUGAACUCGCUCGCGUCAACACCUCAAAGCGAACGAUGUCCAAGUAGUGGACCAAAUGUGGCCGCCGAACCUGCACCGCACUCGUCAGCGACAACAGAAAGGGCUUCUGCGUAUACUGCCAGCCCUAAUGUUCGUCUGUUCUUCAAAUGCGAGAACCAGCAGCGAAUAGGAGCUUUCAAGGCCCGAGGCGCAUUUCAUGCCCUGGGCAGGUUGAUCGAGGAGGAAGGGAUUGAUAAUGUUAGAAGGAAGGGCGUGUGUACACACAGCAGUGGUAACCAUGCCCAAGCCCUCGCCCUGGCAGCAAAGACACACAAUGUCCCCGCCCAUAUCGUAAUGCCUAAGAUCAGCACGCCGUCGAAGAUCGCUGGUACGCAGAGUCUAGGAGCCAAUGUCAUAUUUUCAGGCUCAACAAGCGAGGAACGCGAGGCCGUGAUACAAGAAGUGAUUCAGAAGACUGGUGCUACACUAGUCCCUCCAUACGACCAUCCGGAUAUCAUGCUAGGUGCAGGUACACAGGCAUUGGAACUCGAGCAGCAGGUCGUGAACUUGCUCGUUCAACAGCCGGGCCUUGGUAUAUCUGGCAAGAAGGCGUUGGAUGCUGUCGUUGCCCCCAUUGGAGGUGGAGGCAUGCUGAGCGGGAUAGCUACAACAUUGGAGGGCACAGGUAUCAAGGUCUUUGGCGCCGAGCCGAACUUCCAAGGCGCAAAUGACGCAGAACGAGGCCUCAAACAAGGCGAGCGGAUUGAGAAAGUCAAGACAUUAACGAUAGCGGACGGCUUGAGAACGCCUGUGGGCAAAAUUCCUUGGAGCAUAUUGAGCGACAAAUCAAAGCUUGAAGAUAUCUACUCGGUCGAUGAAGACCAGAUCAAGGCUGCUUUGAAGCUGUUGAUGGAACGUGCGAAGCUGUUCGUUGAGCCAUCUGCUGCGGUUCCGUUGGCUGUGGUGUUGUACAAUGAAGACUUUCGAAAGAUGGUUGAACGAGAGGCUGGUGAAGCUGGGUGGAAUAUUGCCUUGGUCUUGUCGGGAGGCAAUACUACGGUCGAGGCUAUUGCAAAAUUGUACCAACCACCAUCGGCCACUGCAGAAAGGGCGGAGGCAACUGUUUCGAUGGACGGAGACAAGAAGGCAGAGAACGUUGCCGGUUAG